AUGGACGCGCAGUAUGCGUACCUGAAAGAGCACGAUGCGGAAUGGUUGGAAAAGGUGUUGCAAGAGCGCAUGCGCAUGCGACAAGCCAAGGACAAUGGCGACGAGGGCAUUCGGCAGGAGGAUAUCAAGUACGGCAGUGACAGAUCGUCGGCUGGCCCCUUCGACGUGACAGUCGCAAAUCCUCCCCCCGACCUGGUGAUUUCGGAGCACGCGAAGCUCAUACGGAAUCAUGACUGGUCUACAACGAGCCUGGGGCCGAUUGCUUCCUGGAGCACAGAGUUGCGGCGCAUGGUCAACAUGUGCUUGUCGGAUAACAAGGCAACUGCUCUAUGGUGGGGACCUGAGCGCAUCUGUCUUUAUAAUGAGGCAUAUACGGCUGUCCUGGCCCACAAGCACCCAGGCGCUCUGGGGAAGAAGGUAUUCGAGGUUUGGCCGGAGCUGGAAGACGUGCCGUACGGACACUCUUUCGGCAAGGCCGAUCGGACCGGGAUGCCUUCCUCUGAAGAGCGUGUGCCGUUUUACGUUGAAAGAGCUGGGUAUUUUGAAGAAGUCUGGGCAUCGUGGGUGGUUAUCCCAGUACCUGGGCCCAAUGGCAAUUUGGGAUACUACAACACGGUCUCGGACGUUACACAAGAGGUCGUGUACAGCCGACGUGUGACUACACUGCAUCUAUUGGAUCAGAAAACGUCUGCUGCCGAAACUCUACGGGAUUACUGGAGUCAAGUUGUUUCCGGUCUACAAGACAAUGAGCAUGAGGUGCCCUUUGCGGCACUCUACGGGCCUGCGGCGCACGAAAUCACCCGCAGAUCUACAGAGGAUUCCACGAUAGACGACAUGGACAGCGGCUCUCAAUCAGAGCAGAGCAGCAUAUUUGCCGGCUCUGAAUGGUCCCUCGAAGGCGUGCUCACUGGCAAGUCUGAAGCCGGCAUGGUUCCAUUGCCAGGAAGAGUAGAUCUGGAUACUGGCACUGAGUGGUUGACACCGGAGUUCCGAUCUUGCAUGCUAUCAAAGACUGUCACAGUGCUCCGGAAGUCAGAUGGAACAAUGUCAAAGAUACUGAGCGAUGUUGCAAUCUCACGAGCUUUCGAGGGCGAAAGAUGCGACACAGCGGUCCUGUUGCCUAUAUGGUCCACUUAUCAAGAACACAGAUCUGGGUUCCUUAUAUUGGGUUUAAACACUCGCCGAGGUUACGAUUUGGAUUAUCAACGUUUCGUCCGACUUCUUCACCAGCAACUGACCACUUCACUAUCCACACUAGUAAUGGCCGAAGACGAGGCGAAACGAGCUCGUGCAGCGGCGAGACUCGCGGCGCGAGAUCGUAUACAGCUGGUUCAAAAGCUUGCGGCAAGUGAACAGGAGGCCAAAGAGAAAGAGCUUCGCUUUCGAAGCAUGGCAGACCUCGCUCCUAUCGGCAUUUUCGAAGCGGAUACCGAAGGCAAAGUGGUGUACGCCAAUCAGCACUUCAUGCAUUUCACCGAAUGUGCUCAACACGGCUUUCCGGACCUGACGACUCUCACGAAUGCAUUCGUGGAAGCCGAUCGCGAAGCUGCUUGGUCCCACUGGAGGAAGUUGAUAGCCGGCGAACAGGUGCAUUUCGAAUGUCGGCUCGACAAGUCUUUCGUUACAGAUGAGGUGUUUGGUGGAGAACGCAUGCAAGGAGAGUGUUGGGUUCUGAUUGCUGCAUAUGCAAUGCGUCAUGAUUCCACGUGCGAGACUAAAGCUGAUACCAUUAAAGGCGUCUUUGGAUGCAUGGUGGACAUUUCUCGGCAGAAAUGGAUGGAGGGAUUUCAAGAGCGACAGGUGAAGGAACAGCUGGAAAGACGACGACAGCAGGAGAAUUUCAUGGACAGCACAAAUCACGAGGCUCGCAACCCGCUUGCGGCCAUUACCCUUUGCGCCGACGACGUGCAUAAUAUCGUGCGCGAUAUUAUACAGCAGCCUGGGAACCCGCAAUUGACAAUAGCGCGGGACAGUGCUGCUGCAAUCCUGGAGAGUGUCGAAAUCAUUAUUGCGUGCGCAAAGCACCAGAAGAGGAUCAUCGACGACGUUUUGACUAUUAGCAAGCUCGAUUCGAAGAUGCUCAGUAUAUCACCGACUCCUGUACGGCCUGUUGCUGCCGUCACACAGGCGUUGCGAAUGUUCCAGAGCGAAUUGCAGCGUAGCGAUGUGGCAUUGGAGUACACCGUUGGCCAGUCCUACGAGGCCAACAAGGUGGAUUGGGUGAUGCUUGAUCCGACACGCUUCUUGCAGAUCCUCGUGAACCUCCUCACGAAUGCCAUCAAAUUCACCAAGCAUGAGCUAUCUCGAAAGGUCGCAGUGACCUUGGAAGCCAGCGAAAAGCGUCCCACAGACUCGGAGUGUGGUGUCCGGUUCGCUCCUACCUCGCAACGCCGGCCGUCUAUAUCGAUCGCAGACGGUGGAGUCUAUCUCUGUGUUAAGAUCACGGAUACCGGGCCUGGUAUUAUAGAUAGUGAGCUUGAGAAUCUCUUCCAGCGUUUUCAGCAGGCAUCGCCCAAAACUUAUGCGCAAUAUGGUGGCUCAGGUUUAGGACUGUGGAUCUCCAAGGAACUCUCAGCGAAACUAGGAGGGCAAAUUGGGGUCGCUUCGAAUUCCUCCAAGCAUAACGGCAAUGAGCCCAACCGCGGCUCGACUUUCGCUUUCUACGUUCAGGCAAUGCGAUGUCCUCCGCCAAGCGAGACUACCGCGCAGGCUGUACUGCAUGAGACCGAAAUGGAGCCUCGAAGCAUGAGCGUCGGUACGAUGGCCAUGCUCGACCAGGGCAUUGCCGCCAUAACAGCACACCUCGAAAGUACGACUCCCAGCGUUGAGAAACCGUCAGAAACAAAGCCCCCUGUCAAGACGAUUCCGGACGCGAGAAUGGACAUCGACAAACUCCGUCCUCCCGAAGAAACAGCAACAGCAACAGAAAUCAAAACAGACAUCCUCAUCGUCGAAGACAACCUCGUCAACCAACGCGUGAUGCGAAAACAACUCCUCCGAGCCGGUUUCCGCGUCUCGGUCGCAAACCACGGCAAAGAAGCCCUCGACCACAUCUACCCCACCUCCCCGGCCUCCCCGGCCUCCCCGACCAAAGUCGACGUCGUCCUGAUGGAUAUCGAAAUGCCCGUCAUGGGCGGACUGGAAUGCACGCGCAUCAUCCGGAAGAAGGAAUCCGAAGGCGUGCCCGGGAGUAAGAGGAAGUGGGGCCGCCCCGGACGGCUGCCCAUUCUCGGCGUGACGGCGAAUGUGCGGGCGGAACAGCAGGCUGCUGCUCUGGAGGCGGGCAUGGAUCGCGUCGUCACGAAGCCUUUCCAUAUGAGCGAGUUGUUGCCUGCUAUUGAGCGGGUGAAGAGGGAGCGGGCGUGA